CCUCCUUUUUUCACUCUCAUUGCUAUUGUCUUUACAUUCCUUUUCUCCCGAACCAUCAUGCGGUCAACACAUAAGUUUCAUGAAAAGACAUUUACAAAGCUUACCUAUUGUGACUACUGUACUAAGCUUUUAUGGGGUGUAGCCAAGCAAGGAGUGUCAUGCGAAGGAUGUCAUUUCAAUUGCCAUAAGAAAUGCUCCGAACUCGUCUAUGAUAACUGUAUCCGGCCUAUGUAUGCUCCUGCUAGAGAUGACUUGCAGCGGUCUAUGACGGUUCAGACCGGGAGAACAGGAGACUCAAAGUCCACCAGCACCGUCAUUACCAAGAAAGCACCAUCACGUCGCCGCAAUAGCGAAGGCACGCACGCCUCCAUCCCUCCAGCGAUUGUUUCGUCUUCACAACCAAUGCAGAGCUUGGUAGAAAAGAAAUAUCCGCGACGGUCAGAAGAGUUAGUGCGAACACAGGAUAAGGAUAAAGGCGAUAAGGCUGAACCGCAGCAACAGCAACAGCGAGAUAGAGCAUCUUCCCCAGAGCCCGGACGAACUAGCUUCUUGGAGGAUGCAAUUAUAUCCGCAGCAAUCCGUAUGACAUUCCCAGCAGACAUUUCGGCUUUGCCCAAGAAUGAACACCCACCAUUGACGAUACAAGCAACAACAAUCAACUUUACAAAAUUUGUGCAGAAGACGACACCGGUGUUCUGGUUUCAAGAUCGGGUGGAAGAUAUAUUCAUGUGGAAGGAUCCAUGGAACACCAUGCUUGUUUUAGUUAUCUACUGCUUUAUCUGUAUUUAUCCUAUUCUGCUGUUCUUAAUGCCUCAGACAAUCAUGGCAAUUACCAUGAUUUACUUUUUCCAACAAAAGUCAGCUCGACAACAGCAGAAGAUCUUGGGGAUUAAACCUCCUGGUAGCAGCGUCCACUUAAUUUCACAACAGCAACAGCUCUCGCCUGAGGAAGCUUAUAUUGAAGCGCAAGAGAAACGCCAUCACAAUCGCUACCACGUUUACCACGAUGAAGACUAUCUUGAACAAGACUCAUCCUCUGAUGAUGAAGAAGAACGUCAGUCCACAAGCAUGCAAUACCUAAGCAACAUGCAACAUAUUCAAAACAUGAUGGGUGAUUAUACGGAUGCACACGAUGCGCUCCGUUUGCUCUUCAAACAUUUAGAUUGGAGCGAUGAAGCCGAAGCAAUUGCAAUCGUUCAGGGAAUUAUUGUGGCGUUUGUAGGCAUGUCACUUAUUAUGUGGUUUGUGCCUUGGAGAUGGGUCUUCAUGGUUGGAGGCGCCUCAGCCAUGUUGGCAAAUAGCCCUUGGGGCAAAAUUAUUGUCAAGGAAUGCAUUCCCCUAUCCAAGGAUUUAUCUGCCUGGGCUAAAGUUCAAGCACAAGCUUACAAGCAGAAACAUCUACAAGAGUCAUAAGAUGUCUGAAGAUAGAGAUCACGCUCUGUCAAGUCACCGUUGUUUUUUCAUGUGGUCGUCGUUGUUUUUUAUCAGAUCGCUAUUUUUAUCUGUCUAGUCACUAUCGCAUUCGAGAAAGGGAACUCAAUCUGGCACAAAAUGC